AUAAAAAACAAACAUAAAAUUGAAACCCUAGACAGAACAGCGUAAACCUAAACCCUACAAAAGAGAAAAGCUUCGGCUUCAGUUGUUCGCUCGUCUCUCUCGUUUCAUCUUCCCUGCACAAAGGUUUAUCAGGGAAGUCAUAAAAAUGCUUGUAUUGUUUGAAACUCCGGCGGGUUUUGCACUUUUCAAAGUGCUCAAUGAAGGAAAGCUUUCACAAGUUGAGGACGUAUGGAAGGAGUUUUCCAGUGCAGACGCAGCAAGAAAGGUGGUCAAGUUGAAAGCGUUUUCGAAGUUUGAGAAUACUUCAGAAGCCCUAGAGGCAGCAAGUUUAUUGAUUGAUGGAAAAGCCAGCAAGGGUCUGCGCAAGUUCCUCCGUGCUAAUUGUGAAAAUGAGACGUUAGCUGUAGCUGAUUCAAAGCUGGGGAGUCUCAUUAAAGAAAAACUGAAAAUUGACUGUGUUCACAACAACACUGUUAUGGAGCUAAUGCGAGGUGUUCGAUAUCAAUUGUCAGAACUCAUAGCAGGCCUCGCUGUUCAAGACAUGGCUCCGAUGAGCUUGGGUUUGUCUCAUAGUCUAUCAAGAUACAAGCUGAAGUUCAGCGCAGACAAGGUGGACACCAUGAUCGUCCAGGCUAUUGGCUUACUUGACGAUCUUGAUAAGGAGUUGAAUACAUAUGCCAUGAGGGUUCGAGAAUGGUAUGGCUGGCAUUUUCCAGAACUUACCAAAAUCAUUCAGGAUAAUAUCCAAUAUGCAAGGUCAGUCAAGCUGAUGGGUGAUCGAAUUAACGCUGCAAAGCUUGAUUUCUCUGAGAUUUUGACAGAGGAAGUUGAGGCAGAGUUGAAAGAAGCAGCUGUGAUAUCUAUGGGAACUGAAAUUGGUGAACUAGAUUUGGCAAAUAUUAGAGAGCUAUGUGACCAGGUUCUGUCUCUAUCUGAAUACAGAGCCCAACUCUAUGAUUAUCUAAAGAGUAGGAUGAAUACCAUUGCACCCAAUUUGACUGCUAUGGUUGGGGAGCUUGUUGGUGCUCGGCUCAUUGCCCAUGGGGGUAGUUUAAUAAAUCUUGCAAAGCAGCCUGGUAGUACCGUCCAGAUUCUUGGUGCUGAGAAGGCCCUCUUUAGGGCACUGAAGACUAAACAUGCUACUCCCAAAUAUGGUCUUAUAUACCAUGCAUCCUUGAUCGGUCAAGCUGCUCAAAAGUUCAAGGGCAAAAUUUCUCGGUCACUUGCUGCAAAGACGGCAUUGGCUAUCAGGUGUGAUGCACUUGGGGAUGGCCAAGACAACACCAUGGGAUUGGAGAACAGAGCCAAGCUUGAAGCACGAUUGAGGAACCUCGAAGGCAAAGAAUUAGGUCGAUUUGCAGGUUCUGCUAAAGGGAAGCCCAAGAUAGAGGCAUAUGACAAGGAUAUAAAGAAAGGAGCUGGAGCACUGAUAACUCCUGCCAAGACAUAUAACACUGCAGCUGAUUCAAUUAUUGAUCAAAAGCCUAAUUCUGCAAUGGAUGAAGAUACACAAGAGCCUCCUGCUUCUGACAAAAAGAAGGAAAAGAAAGGAAAGAAGGAAAAGAAAGAAAAGAAGAAAAAGGAAGAAGAGGCUGCAUUGCAAGCUGAUAUAGAUGAAGAUGAGGAGCCUGAGCCAGUUGUGAAAAAAGAUAAGAAGAAAAGGAAGAAGGAAUCUACUGAGAAUAAUGAGGUGCAGAAUGGAGACGCAGACGGAGAAAAGAAGAAAAAGAGGAAAAAAUCAGCAGAGCAGGAAGAUUCUGUUGAUGCACCAAGCAAAAAGAAAGAAAAAAGGAAGAAAAAUGUUGACUAGAGCUGUGAACAUGCAGAUUGCCAUCAACUAAUCACUCUGAUGACUGGCAACCAUUUUUGUAUACUUCUGUCUUCUGUAGCUCAGCUGUUGUUUUUCAGAAUCAAGUUACUUUUCAUUCCAGUGUUUGUAGUUCUACACAACCUUAUAAUUUAAGUAAGUUUUGUCUGUAGUGGAUAAUUUGACUCGAUUAUGUUUGUGCGUGGAAGUAGAUAGUGUUGGACCCUAUUUAUACCUUGCUGAUCCCAAGUUAUGAAAAAUUACAAGGGUAUAUUUGAGUUCAA